UUUUCAGUCUUCUGUUUUCAUUUCAUCGGGCGGAGAGGAGAUAAACUACCUCCUAUGGCUUCACUUCACUUCCUUCUUCGCCCAUCCUCCAAUCCCAAUCUUCUCGCUUUACCCUCCAGAUCUCGACCGGUUCAAUGUGCUAACGAACGCCAGGCGCUGUUUAGCCGCAUUGCUCCUGUUUACGAUAAUCUGAAUGAUUUCUUGAGUUUGGGGCAGCACCGGAUAUGGAAAAGAAUGGCGGUAUCAUGGAGCGGGGCCAAGAGGGGAGACGAUGUGUUGGAUUUGUGUUGUGGAAGUGGGGAUUUGGCAUUUCUACUAUCAGAAAGAGUUGGGUCUGAUGGCAAGGUGAUAGGUUUUGAUUUCUCAAGGGAGCAAUUAUCAGUUGCUUCAUCCCGACAGCACUUGCUCUCAAAAGCCUGCUACAAGAACAUUGAGUGGAUUGAGGGCGAUGCAACUAAGUUACCUUUUUCUGAUUGUUCUUUUGAUGCCAUUACCAUGGGUUAUGGGCUACGAAAUGUGUUAGAUAAAGGCAAGGCCAUGCAAGAGAUGUUUCGAGUCUUGAAACCAGGGUCAAGGGUAUCCAUCCUCGAUUUCAAUAAAAACACUAAACCAUUUAUUACAUCAAUUCAGGAAUGGAUGAUUGAUAAUGUAGUUGUUCCUGUUGCAACUGGUUAUGGCCUUGCUGAUGAGUAUGCAUAUUUGAAAAGCUCAGUUCAGGAAUUCUUAACAGGGAAGGAGUUGGAGAAGCUUGCUUUAGAAAUGGGAUUUUCCAAUGCCAAACAUUAUGAGAUUGGUGGAGGCAUCAUGGGGAACUUAGUAGCCAAACGGUAGGUAGGAUUUGCUUCUCUUGCAAAUUUUUCUAAUUUUAUUUUGUAAGGAUUAGCAUUCUGUGUUGAAGGAUAUAUUUAAUGUGAGUUCUGAAUUGUACCUUGAGCUCACUGUUCAGGUUAAAGGAUUUUUCAUUGAAGUGUUCAUCUAAUUUAAGUAUUAUUUUAUACUCUUACCUUA